GCGAAGAGUUGAUGUGUUAACUACAGUCCUCCCUCCAGGCUCCAGCCUUGAUAUGAUGGGGGUGGAUGGAGGGAGAGGAGUUAAUCUGUUUUUCAGUAUUUCCCAUCGUGUAGGCAAGCAGCCUUUCCAGUUCGUGAGUCAUAAUAACUCGUUCCUAAGCAGUCAAAAAGGCAGCCCUAAGAAGGAUUUGGGCAUUUUUGUCCCUGCUUGUGAACCGCUUUGGUCUGGCUUUUCAUGUCAAAAAGGGUUGGGGAUCUCAGGCAUAGAAAUAACUCUUGUUUCUUAAUAGUUACUAUUAGAUAGAAAUUAAUAGAUGUAAAACCCAUAAAGCUUGAGCUCUUUAGUUGCAUCUUCUUGAACACCCAAGCUUUUAUAGUGCGAUGUGUAUGUCCUGCUAUGUACAAAAUGGACUGUUCUCUUGCUAUCUGGCAGUUAAUGACAAGUCCGUUCUGUGCCAUGGAAAACAGAGCUUGUAUGUCAAGGAUAAGAACACAGUGGAUAGCAUCCUCUGCCUCUGGAGAAACCCAAACUUAUUCUAGUAAUGGGCAGAUCUAUCUCAGUGAGAGCUGCGUGAAGAGGCUGUUGGAGAUUGCAGAAGGGUCUGAAUUUCUCAGGCUGCAGGUAGAAGGAGGUGGUUGUUCAGGUUUCCAAUACAAAUUUUCCUUGGAUACAGUUGUCAAUUCUGAUGACAGAGUGUUUGAGAAAGGCGGUGCCAGAGUGAUUGUGGACUUGGACAGCUUAAACUUCGUGAAAGGAGCAAUGGUGGACUUCAACCAGGAGCUAAUUCGCAGCUCGUUCCAAGUAGUGAACAAUCCACAGGCAGAACAAGGUUGUUCUUGUGGGUCAUCUUUCUCAGUUAAACUUUGAUCGAACUACUCCGUAUGGACUGAAUGAUGAAGAAAAAUUCCCUUUUUUUUUUCCUGUUUUCCAGUUCAGCUGAAUAACUGGCUUAGUGUGUGGUACUGCAUGAUGAAAGAAACUAUCUUAGCCAAGACUCAGUUAAGAACUGAUUUACCCAAGCCUGAAUGUAAAAUGAAUUAAUCUCAUUUGGUAUCUGUGAGUCUCCAAGUUUUUGUUUAAGAGGGCAGAUCUAAGCAAUCAGCUUCUGCUCUAAUGUCAUGAACUAUUUAUUUAUUAAAAUCUUUUCUGAUUUUUA